UUCCUUGUAUUCAGUUGUUCUCAACUGUCAUAAUAAUAACAAGACUCUAUAAUUCACAGGUUUAUUCCCACUUAGCCAACAUUCUGAAAUUCUCAAUUCCCACUUGGCCAACAUUUUGAUUUUCACACCUGAGUGAUCAGGAGGCUAUAGUCUGUUUUUACAUGUAAAUGUAUUUGUUAUCAAUUACCUGAGAAUACUUUGAUGAAUAGUUUGAUUAAAAAAAAUAAUAAAUGAUUGCAUUUUAAAAAGAUAAACUACAAUGCAUAAAUUUAUUUAGAGAAUAAUUGGCAAUAUAUGUAUUUUUAAUAUUUAUCUAAACAUAAGUCUUCUUUAAAUGUUUAUUCAAAGAGCAUUAAUUUUGCCUAUAAUCAGAAUAAAUAAAUAAAAAUAACCAGAGAAUAUUUGUAAAAAAUAAAAAAAAAUGUAAAUCAUCAAUUUUCUGCAAGAUAAUUGCAUAUUUUUUUAAAACUUUUAUAUGUAUAAACUAAUAGCGGUACAUGCAUUAUCAAAACAUUAAAAUAAAUGAUUAUAAAAUGUUUUAAUUGGAGGUAUAAUUACAUAAAUGAGAUUGAUCAGCAGUUUUUAAGAUUAUAGACUAGAUAGAUAAGCAUAAUUAUGGUCAUUAAUUUACAAAAUCAAAAGCCUGAAAAUUAUGAGAUCUUAAUUGUUUAAUGGACUGUUACAUGUAGUUGAAAGAUAUUAAGAAAAUCAAAUCAAAAUGGCCAAUCUUCAGGUGCAAGUCAACUUUUUAGAGAACGGCAGAGGAGGAUUCUAUCUUCUUCAUGCUGGAUUUAAGUAUUCCGUGAGGACAAGACGCAACAACCGAACAUAUUGGAGAUGUGUAGACCGACAAUGCCCUGCUACUGUUGUUACUUUGGACAACAUCCUUGUGUCUUUCGGACGGCCCCAUAACCAUGAAGGAGACUUCAUUGCCUUAGCUGCAGACUCCUUCGUCAGUAAAGUGAAGAAGAGAUGCAGAGAUGAAGCGGCGCCCAUACCCUCGCUGUACGAUGAAGAACUUGGAGCCCUGCGGAAUGCUGACUGUGAUGACAGCGUGGAGGAAAUGAUCAGGCAGAUUCCCACAUUUCAAUCUUGCAAGUCUAUUCUGUACCGGAGCCGAGGGAAGAUGAUGCCAAAACUGCCAACAACACCAGAGGAAAUCAACCUCCAAGACCACUGGACACAGACCCUUGCUCACGAGAGAUUCCUGUUGUGUGACGACAGAGAUGAAGCUGGAAACCGAAUUCUUUUGUUCGCCACUGAUGCCAAUCUUCAGAGACUGUGUGCAUCCUCGACUGUGUAUAGUGAUGGGACCUUUUAUUCCUGCACAUCUCUAUUCACCCAGCUUUACACUUUGCACGCAGAUGUGGAAGGAACAGUUUUCCCUCUUGUGUUUGCCUUGCUCCCCAACAAGACUGAAGCAACUUACCGCCGUUUGUUUUCACUCUUGAGGACCGCAGUCAACGAACGACAGUCUGCGCUCACGCCUGAAACUUGGAUGAUUGACUUUGAGGUGGCAGCCAGAAAUGCAGUAGGAGGGAUAUUUCCAAAUACGACAAUUCGAGGGUGUUUUUUCCACUACACACAGUGUAUCUGGAGGAAAGUUCAAAACUGCGGUUUGACCACAGAGUUUCGAGAAAAUGAGGAGUUCCACCGACUAGUUAGAAGAGCAGGCGUCCUUCCUCUGGUUCCCGGUCACCGUGUGGAAGAUGUGUGGUUCCAGGCCUUGGAGGAUAGUGAUGACCAGACCGCUCCUGUGAUGCGAUUCAAGGACUAUGUGACAGAAACCUGGGUUGAAGGACACCUUGAAAUGUGGAACCACUUCGACCAUGACGGCCCAAGAACAACAAAUGCAGUUGAGGGAUGGCACAACAAGUUCAACAGAAUGUGUAGACGGGCCCACCCAAACAUCUUUGUGUUUCUAGAGUUACUUCAAAAGGAACAGGCUGCAAAUGAGGCAAAGAUCAUCCAGAUUACAGCAGGUGGAGUUGUCCGUCCCAAAAAAAGGAAGUAUCGUCAGUUGGAUUCCCGUCUUCAGAGUCUCAAGAACAGGCUGCGUCAAGGUGAAAUGGACUUAAUGGCUUACGCGGAUGCUGCAUCUCAUCUCGUUCACUUCGAGUGAAAUGUGAAAAUGAUUGUGUAAAAUAUGUUGUGAACAUUUCUUUGUGGGAACAAUAUUUAUUUUAUGUUGUCUUGUUAAAUGUGAAGUAUACAACAUUAAAACAUAUAAAGCAAUUUACUCAAGCGUUAUUAUGUUUUGUUAUUUUCAUAUUGUGUUGAUUGGAAAUAUUUGCAAUAUAACUAUAGAAACUAUAUAAAAUUGAAGGAAAUAACAUAUUAGCUUAUUUAAAGUCAAUUAAUAUAAGUUCUAAGUCAUGAAUAAAUCUAUAACUAUAGAAACUACAUAAAAUUGAAGG